AUGGCGCAUACCAUACGCUUCCAUCGCAAGUCUCGAACGGGCUGCGCUGGAUGCAAGCUGCGACGGGUCAAGUGCGAUGAAGCCAAGCCACAGUGUGCCGGCUGCACCCGACGAGGAGAAGAGUGCUUCUAUGACUCUUUAAGCCACCCGGCGACGUCCCAGAGUCGAGGUAGUCCUGCUUCGGAUGCUGCCACUGCCAUUACGGAAACACAGGGCACUGCCGAGCCAAUAUUGGCCUCACCGUCCGUCGAUGAGACGGCCGUAGCGUCAAAUUAUGGCGCAAAGCACCUUCUCGAUCUUCGCCUGAUGCACCAUUAUUGUAUCUCCACGGCCGAGAGCUUUGCCGCCGAAUUUUCACAGGAUAUCGCCUCAAUAUUAAAGGUUGAACUUCCGCGCCUUGCCUACCAGCAUGAGUUUCUCAUGGACGCCAUCCUCCUUGUGGCCAUGGUCCAUCUCGGCUGCACGGAACCAGAAACCCUUCAGACCCUUCCAAUCUACGUCUACCGAGACCAAACAUUACGCACACUGCGCCAAGCCAUCAGCAAUAUGACUGACUCAAACGUCGCGGCGGCGAGAGGCGCGUCCGUCUUGCUUGCGACCGUCUCUUUCGCCACAGAUCGAGUAUCUCAGCAAUCCGGCUUAUGGCUGAACAAUUGGUUAACGCUUGCCCACGGGCGACGGAACAUUCGUCUACAGGCAAAUGUCGCAGAGGGUCAGGCGUGGAACCUAUCUGGUGCCAGCUUAUACGGGUCAUUCAAUGAUGUACCAGAAUCAGACCGCAUGGCUAGCGGCAUGCAAUGCGCGGUCCAAAGGGAUCGGAGCAUCCACGGCGACGAGAUAUGUCUCAAGACUCUCCAUAGAGCCGCAACGGAGGUGAGUUGGCUCAUCUCGGCGUUGGAGUCGCCCCGCGAUCAUCUAUGGCUUGCAAAGCAGAUCAAAUCAUGGGCCUUCGAUAUGAUAGAGCCCAGAUUUUUGGAAUUUGCACGGCAAGAGAGGCCAUGUGCGUUAGUCAUCCUCUCGCACUACUUAGCCGUAUUCAGCCUGCUGCCUUGCACUUGGGUGUAUGAUGGUCUUGUCACUCACGAUAUGGAGAUUAUAGCCGACAAGUUGGGACCGGAGUGGGAAGAUUGCAUAGUGUUACCCAAGAUGGUUUUGCAUGUUAAAGGUCGUGAGGCGUUGACCGAACUGUUGCUAAGCUGUCUAUAA